CAAAUUACUCCAUUAAAAAGGAGAAGAAAAGAAAGGACAGAAGACUCUUACGAGUUUAUUUCUUCCGUUAAUAAAAAGUUUCAUAAAAACUGCGCUCUCUCUCUCACACAGUUGGUGAUACACGCGCGCUUUGAUAGUACACUUUCACUCCCUCUGUGUGUGUAUAUAUAACUUCUUGGAAUCAUCAUCAUUUCUGUUAUGGCGUUUGCUGAGUCACCCCCCAUAUUUUCACAUCUUCCCUCAAUUUUUUCUCCCAUCGAUUUUGAUAUUUUAUUAUAAAAAUUGAUCGCGACCGGGCGGUGCCGCCCCCAGUCGGUGGUGGUGUUGCCAUUGAUUGAUUGAAAUCACACAAAUAUGGCGUACAGAAGGAGACAGGGGAUCACCAGGGCUUCUACGUUCAAGGAAGAUUCCAUUUACUCUUCUUCUUCUUCCUCUCCUCCUCCAACCUCAGCACCGCCUUCCUCCUCCUCCCUCGCUGCCCAGGCCAUCCGUGCAUCCGCCGCUCACCGCGACUCUUCUCUUUCUUCCGCUUAUGCCUCCCCCGAUUCCUUUUCCAAUGACAGAUCCAAGGGUCCUACCUAUGAUUACACUUCAAUGAGAAGUUCAAACGAAGCAGGUGGUUUUUGGGGUGUUCUAGCCAGGAAAGCCAAAUCCAUCCUUGAUGAAAAUGAUACUGUUGUUCCCCAUCAACUCCAUUCCAAUUCUAGGGAGAACUCUGAAUUUGUUACUUUCACAAAUGAUGGCCAGUUCCAGUAUUCAUCAUUCCAUCCUGUCGAAAGUUCCAGAAAAAUAGACAAUCCUAGGAUCCGGAAGGGCUUAGAUGCGCUUACAUCCUCUAUGAACCGCAUUGGUGAUACCAUUGGAAAUGCACUUGAGGAAGGCCGUACUAUUGUUGAAAGUAAAACUGCAGAUAUCAUUCAAGAAACACGCAGAUUACAGAUCAGAAGAAGAGGAGUUAAUUUCGAGGAACAGAAUAAUCAGGAAUCAGCGGUGCAACCACAACAGAUGGUAGCCAGUCCAGAGGAACAAAUCAAAGCAUCUCGCGACGUGGCAAUGGCUACUGCUGCUAAAGCAAAACUACUGCUUCGGGAACUGAAAACUGUGAAGGCGGAUCUGGCAUUUGCGAAACAGAGGUGUUCUCAAUUGGAAGACGAAAAUAAGAUCCUUCGAGAGGCCAGGGAUACGGGAGACAACCCUGCAGAUGAUGACAUGAUACGUCUGCAACUUGAGACACUUCUCGCUGAGAAGGCAAGGUUGGCCCAUGAGAAUUCUGUAUAUUCACGGGAGAAUCGCUUCCUGAGGGAGAUAGUCGAAUAUCACCAACUGACAAUGCAGGAUGUUGUGUAUUUGGAUGAGGGAAUCGAAGAGGUCACAGAAGUUUACCCUAUACCUGCCGUCUCAAGAAUGCUUUCUGCUUCACCACCCUCAUCCCAGAACUCAUCUCCUGGGACCUCACCAUAUAGGACAACCUCCUCUCCUAUCCCCAGGCUAUCGCUUGAUGGUGGUCCGCACUUCCACAGCACCGCAUCUGUUGAGGUCCCACAGUCGGCAGAUGAAGCCCCAACAAGUGGGAGCAGUAGUCCAGAGUCCACUCCAGAAGCUGCUUCUUCAACUCGACAUUGAAGUUGAAGGUUUUGUUACUCGUAAUUAUUCUUUUGUUCCUAAAAGAAGGUAUCUUUGUUUGUUUGUUUGUCUGUUUGUUAUUCUUUGAUUCAUUUUCACAUUGGCUUAUAGAGUGUGUGGGAAAAGAAAUCUGUUUUGAGGAAUGAGAUAAUUAGUUUACCAAAUUCACUUUAUUCUUAUAAAGGAUGCAACUUGUGUUGCUACUUGCUGUACACAAGGAUUUCAUGUUAUAUGUAUCGAGAGGAAAGACUAUGGUAACAUGGGAUCUUGUAAUCAGCACAUCGUGAUUGAAGGACUUCAAUGGUUAUUCUUGUUGGUG